AUAAGCAGAGGGAGGAGAUAUAACGGGGGAAAGGAGAGCGAGCGAGCAGCCUGCUUAGUGCGGAAAAAACGCUCACAAAACAAAAACACGCAGACCCCGCCGUCUGCAACAGCAGCUGCCCCUGCAGCUUCUCCUCCUGCGCUGCGACCACAGGCCAAAUCCAAGCAGCCAGCAAAAAGCCGCCGCGAUGGGAGUGGAAGGCUGUACCAAAUGCAUCAAGUACAUGCUGUUUGUCUUUAAUUUUGUCUUCUGGCUGGCAGGAGGAAUCAUUCUAGGUGUGGCAUUGUGGCUUCGCCAUGACACGCAGACCACAACUCUCUUGGGAGUAUCACUAGAUGGCCAGGAACCUCCCAAUACAUUCUAUGUCGGAAUCUACAUCCUGAUUGCUGUUGGAGCAGUGAUGAUGUUCGUGGGUUUCCUGGGAUGUUAUGGUGCCAUCCAGGAGUCACAGUGCCUUCUAGGAACAUUCUUCACUUGCCUUGUUAUCUUGUUUGCUUGUGAAGUGGCUGCUGGAAUCUGGGGAUUUGUUCACAAAGAUCAGAUUGCCAAAGAUGUCAAACUUUUCUAUGAUGGAGCAUUCACCCAAGCACAAGGACAAGGUGACAAAGCACAGAUGGCAAAAACUGUUGUGAAAACCUUCCAUGAUACGUUACAAUGCUGUGGCACAAAUGCCUUUUCAGCUGCAACUGAUUUCCUGAGAGGUGAUAACUUGUGCCCGGAUAACAUCAAAAACAUUAUUUCUGGACAAGACUGUCACUCUAAAAUUGAUGAGCUGUUCUCUGGAAAGCUGUACCUGAUUGGUAUUGCUGCCAUUGUGGUGGCUGUGAUCAUGAUCUUUGAAAUGAUCCUGAGCAUGGUAUUGUGCUGUGGCAUCAGAAGCUCUGUCUAUUGAGAAGUGGAAGGGCAGGGGCAAAGCGAUGGUGCCGAAGGGACUCCAAAGUGCCACUGUCUGACCAGGCGAUGCUUCCAAUGAAAGACAAAGAAAAUUAUGUAUAUAAACAUUUCAGAUAUUACCACACAGUACUUAUCAUUCUUACUUGGAAGUCUUUUUUAAAGUGUGUGUGUGGGGAGUUUUCUGUGUGUUUGUGGUGGAGUUAGUUUCACAUCAGUUUGUGUUGUUGGAAAGCUGCCACACCAGUAGUUUCAGACCUUUGGCCAUUCUCUUCCUUUCGCCACUGUUCCUUUGCUGCCAGCAAAGAACUAGAGGGUGCCAUUCACAGGCUUCACCCUCUUAGAAAGAAUAUGGAUUUUUGUGUCUUUAUUCCCCUCAGUAGUUUUUUUAAAAAAUCUUUGUAAACUGAAGCAGUCGCUGUUAUGAAGAGAAGCCAGCAUUUCCUUUCCCACCAUUUGGUUUCAAGCUGUUUGUGGUCUAUAUCUGUAAGUCUGGAAGGGUACAACAAACCCUUGGCAUAAGGUGCUGCUUCCAGUCAUGCUGUUUUGUUAUUAUAUAUGCAACUUGCCAGUAUUUUUACCCCUAAAUAAGUGAAGAGAGUUAUUUCAUAAACUGUAUAAACGUAUUAGUCGUGGUCAGUACAAUCCCAAGAACACUUUCUUGGGAGUAAGACUCAUUGACUAUACUUGUAUAGGAUUCUUAUUCAGUUGAAGUCAGUGGGCUUCAAAGGAUAUAGUUCUGUUGAGGAUUGCACUGUUAGUCUCCUGAGGCCAUAUAGAUGUGAAUGAAGACCAAAUUGCAGUUCUUAAAAUAUCAGUUAAUACCCAGCGAUGCCUUUUUUCAUAACAUGUUAAUUUAGCUCCUAAUCUGAUCUUUAUUUUUUCCCUUUUAAUCUAAAUUGUUCAGAAGAGAAAAAAAUUAACAGGUCUGAUACUGGAAUGUUAAAGCUUUCUGUAUGCACUCCUAAAACUAAACUCCAAUGUAUGCUUAUGAAAUUGGUUCUGAAAUACAAGUACUGUCUGAUGUCAUUUACCUGGUAACUGUGUAGUAUUCUAAUGAUGCCAAAAAUAUAGAGUUAAAUCAGUUAAAUAGUUAUAAUGGCUGGAAAAUUAUCAUUAAAUAUGCAUUUUUUAAGGA